GAAUAUUUUCCAGUUUUAUUCAUUUAUUCAAUUGAAUGGUAAUAUAAGGAUUUUAGUGUCCUAUUUCUUAUAUUAUUAAGUGUUGAGAGAAUACAGAAACUCCCCCCCCCCCCCCAAAUUUGUUGCAUUUAUCUUUGAUUUCAAUGUCAGCACAGAGCUUGUUUUCUGGGCAUUGCUCAAAUUUAAUAACCCCAUUAUAUACUAAGCUUCAAAAUCCGUUAUCGUCCUCAUCCUAUUCUCUUUCAUAUCCUUGUUUCAUUCGAUCAAAACAUCAGGUCUCCUUUAAACUCCAAUAUUUCCCAGCUUCUGAAAGGUUCAUGUCUGUGAGAAGAUUAACGUGUUCAAACAGUGUAGAAAAAGUAAGUAAUAUUGUUUCUGAGAAGGAAGGUUCAAAAUCAUGGGUUAAGCGGAGAAAGCUAGCUGUUUUUGUCUCUGGUGGAGGCUCGAAUUUCAGGUCAAUUAACCAAGCAUGCAUUGCGGGCUCUAUCAAUGGAGACGUUGUUGUUUUGGUCACUAAUAAACACGCUUGUGGAGGUGCACAAUAUGCGAGAGAUAAAGGCAUCCCGGUUAUUUUGUUCCCAAAAAGAAAAGAUGAACUCAAUGGCCUGUCUUCUGAUGACCUUGUGAAGGUUCUUAGGGAAUUUGAAGUCGAUUUCAUUCUUUUGGCUGGAUAUCUGAAACUUGUACCACCGGAGUUAAUUCGAGCUUAUCCUAGAUUUAUUUUUAACAUCCAUCCAUCACUUCUUCCAGCUUUUGGAGGUGAAGGUUAUUAUGGUAUGAAAGUGCAUAAAGCAGUUAUUGCUUCUGGAGCAAGAUACUCUGGUGCAACAAUACAUUUUGUUGACGAGCAGUACGACACGGGUCGGAUACUUGCACAAAAAGCUGUCCCUGUUCUCGCAAUUGACACCGCCGAGGAGUUAGCCGCUAGGGUUCUACGAGAGGAACAUAAAUUAUAUGUGGAGGUGACAGCCGCUUUAUGCGAAGACCGGAUAGUUUGGAGAGAGGACGGCGUUCCUCUGAUUCGGAGCAAAGAAAACCCAGAAGAAUAUUACUAACAAAACUAAACUACACAGGAUGCACUCAUCAAACCAGAUUUUAAUCGACACUCCAACUCUUUGACUUU